AUGAAUCCUAUGACAAAUGUGAAAAACGUUCUAAAGUUAAGUGAACGAGAAUUGGCUAAUAACUCAAAAAGUUCUUGGCAUGAUCAGUAUAAAGGUAGUGCUUGGAUAUUUGUUGGUGGCUUACCGUAUGAUCUUACUGAAGGAGAUGUCAUAUGUGUUUUCUCACAGUAUGGUGAAAUUGUAAACAUCAAUUUAGUAAGAGACAAGGCGACAGGCAAGUCUAGAGGUUUUUCCUUUAUAUGUUAUGAAGAUCAGAGAUCCACAAUUCUUGCAGUAGACAAUUUAAAUGGAAUUAAGAUUUUGGGGCGUACCAUUCGUGUGGACCACUGUGAGCAAUACAAGGCACCCAAUGCUGACAUGAGCAAAGUUGAUGAAUUGACUGCAGCUAUCAGAAUGGAAGGCUGUGCACCACAACUGUCCUUAUUACCACUUCAAACUGAAGAUGUUGUAGUUAAACAGGAUAAAGAACAAAGAGUUAAAAAGGAAGGGAAAGUAAAAAAGAAAAAAGAGAAGAAAAGUAAAAAAAAGAAGAAAAAGAAAAACAAAAGCAGAAGUUCAUCAUCCAGUUCAGAAUCUGUUGAUAGUUAA